CGUGAGGACAAAAUAUAUAAGGAAAAACAAAUAUAUAUUUCCAAGUAAGCAUGCACAUGAGCUGUAGUUUUGUUAAUGCCAAAACAGAUGAUACUCAGUGAGCAGGUAGAACUCGCUAGGUUGUUUUCAUCUGUGUGCAUUUUGGAUGCGCUGUGCGCUGGCACGCGGCACCAUACAGAUUCUCUCUCUCUCUCUCUUUCUCUCUCUCUAUCACUGUGUGUGUGUGUGUGUGUGUGUGUGUGUGUGUGUGUGUGUGAGAGAGAGAGAGAGAGAGAGAGAGAGAGAGAGACUUUGAUUCGCGUCAUAAGGAAUCCGUGCACACUCGCAGGACGUCACGCGUAAAGUUCCCACGACCCGGAUUAUAUUCUGAGAGAGAUUUAAUAUGUCUCUUUGAGCCGUGGUCGCUUAUAGGAGCGGAUGCUUUUUCUUGAGUGAGAGGCAGAGUGACAGGGAGCAUAUUUUCCUCCACAGUCCCACCGAGCUCCUGCUUUUUUGGGCGGACUGCUAUCGGAGCCGUGGGUCUGGUCGCGCGUUCUGUGCGUUCGUGCGUGGACGCUGCGCGGUCGCUUCUCAUUCCAGCCACUUUUGAACAUCUGCCACUGGAUAUUAAACCUGAGUGCGUUUGUUUUUCCAAUAUGUGCGUGAGCAGUGAGUGAUGGAAUGAGGGUGUAAUAAAGUGUACCUCUCUAUAAGGGAAUUCUCACAUCUCCUCACAGCACAUAAAGCUCUGCUGUAGGAUGCAGGGAUGAUGCCCGUUCGGCGCGUGAAGGCUCAGCCACGUGUAUGGCCACUGAGCACCGAGCCUCCUCCCUGGGUAUGGACGAUGCCGAGUGCUGCAGGACUGUGUGCUUUGAGCUCCACUCCUCAUGCGACCCUCCUUACCUCCGCCCGACCUCCUCCUCCUCUGCGCACUGUCACGAGCUGGCAGCUCUCCUGCGAUCCGUUCUUACCACCACUCAUCAGCCCACUUCCAGUGCCGAACGUUCAGUGGGAGCUUACAUCUAGACCUCCCAUGCUGGGAUUUCAGCCUUCUGCGGGUGUUGAUCUGGUCCCUGUGUUCCCCGUUGUGUAUCGCACUGUACUUCACCCACAGUAUGGCAAGUCCUGGCUGGAAAAACGCACGCCUGACUACAAGGUUUAUCUAAAUAAUGCUUUGGAGACCUGGAUUGGGCCAGAAGAAGUGGGAAUUUUUCAGCAUCAGGAAAAGCCAGUGCUAAUGACAAACCAAGUGGCCAUGACCAUAUCGAGGCCAGCAGCUGCCUCCAGGAAUUUCCACACUCUGCUUCUGACACCCAGGCGCAUUUCAGGUUGUCCAGUAGCCAUAAAACGAGUGCGGAGCAACAAACGGAUGGCUCUAGCAACAGCAGCUCUGGUGGCUAUGGAAUCAGACAUGGCCCAGAGGCCAUCAGCCUCCUCAGCUCACCCUCUACACUUGCUCUCGCUGUCGCCCAUUAAGAUCCCACUUCUGACUUCACCUAACCCAGGACCUCGAGGCUCAUGGGAAGGUCUGCUGAGUCCUGUUCUGCCCACACAGCUCACUGCUGUGAGAUCCCUCUCUGCCCCUGCUGUGACCCUUCUGACUGGUGACUGGAAAGAUAAAAAGGCUCCAGAAAACAAACUGGAAUUGAGGAAGCCAUCCUGCACAGGAGCACUGGUGCUACACUCUGAUUCAACACCAAAGGACAAAGUCGAGGAUGAGCAAUUUAAGAUUAGCAUGGAUAUUGACAGCUCUCCUAAGGACCAACGGCCAGUUGCAUCCACUCCAGUGCCGGGAUCACCAUGGUGUGUGGUUUGGACAGGAGAUGAUAGAGUUUUCUUCUUCAACCCCACCAUGCAGCUGUCUGUAUGGGAGAAACCAGUGGAUCUAAAAGACCGGGGGGACCUCAACAAAAUCAUUGAAGAUCCUCCACAUAAACGCAAGAAGGACUUGUCAGAGGACGGCUCAAAUUCCCCCUCAGCCGAUGAGGAUGAACAUGAUGAUGAAGGAGACCAUAUUUCAAAAUCUAAGCGCAACAAAUUGGAAGAGCCAGCUAGUAAUUCUGCAUCUGCCAGUGAGGAGGAGAAUACAGAGAGGUGCACAGCGUCCAAUCAGAUGGUUCUUCCACUUGAACUGCGGAUCACGCACUUCAGAGACAUGCUCCUAGAGAGAGGGGUGUCUGCAUUCUCAACAUGGGAGAAAGAAUUACACAAAAUUGUGUUUGACCCACGUUACCUGCUCCUGGGGCCAGAGGAGAGGAAGCAGAUUUUUGAUCAGUUUGCCAAAGCGAGGAUAAAAGAAGAAUACAAAGAGAGAAAGAACAAACUCCAGCAUGCAAAAGAGGAGUUCAGGAAAUUACUUGAAGAGUCCAAAAUUACAUCCAAGUCAACUUUCAAAGAGUUCUCAGAGAAGUACGGCCGAGACCCACGCUUCAAACGCGUUCCCAAGCAGAAGGACCAGGAGCUGCUUUUCUCCCAGUUUGUCAGCGGGCUCAAGAAGCGUGAUAAGGAAAACCGAAUGAGGCUGAGAAAGAUGAGAUGAAGCCUCAAUAGGCUGUGAAAUAAACUAUUUUGUUUUUUACAGAAUGCCUUCUUGACAGGAAUCAAGUCAAACUGCACAAUGACACAAUAUGCCACUGCAUCUGACUAAGUAAAUGAAACCCAUUGCAGCGUCUGCAGUUUUUAUUUGAACUCUGGAUUUUCAGAACAACAAACGCACAAACAGCAAAGCACCAGAACCAGCCAGGUUCAACUUUAGAGGUAAUUCAACUCUGAGACUGAUCUGUUUCAUAUUGAAGCUCUUAAAAUUCAAUGUUGCAAGAUGUCAUAAUAAUAAUAAAAAAAAGAUAAAAUAAAAUAAAGUGUAUUUCAAUAAAUAGACAGACUGUACUGUUGGAAGCCAUUGACCUGAGCAUACAGGUAUUAAGUGAUUUUUUUAAGGACUGUAAAUACAUGUUGAGAAGUGUGCACUGUAAUGAAGUUUUGUGGACGUGUAAUGUGAAGUAUGUGGAAUGUCACGGCAGAAUGUCUGAUUCUCCACAGCAUCUGUGAGAGUUGCCAAGUUGUCAUGUUUUGAUGGAUUUUUUCACGUUGUCUAAAGUGUUCAUUGUGAUUAAAAUUGUGAUUGCUGUUGGAAGAUUGAAAUGAUAUAAUUGACAUCUCUUUAAAUCAAUCACCUCUUCUUGAAUUUGUUCUAAAAUCUGAAUUCUUGCCAGUAAAUUUUUAAGCUUACACUACAUAAAAUGUAAUAGUGAACAACAUCAUUUAUUUAUCACAGAUGCUAUUUGUUCCCUCAGCAGAACCAAGAUUUUAAUGUUUCUGGUUUUGAGUUCCAACACCAACACAAUGUUCCUAAACUGGUUAGAACAAAAUAAUUAUUAGGCUGUAUGUAAGCCUAAUGUAAUAAAAUUGUGGAUUUGGAAAGAUUUUUAGACCAUGAAGCUGUAUUUGUAUUGAUAUGGGCUCACACACACACACACACAAGGAAUUUUCCUACUUGUUUUCCAACAGUAGCUAUGAAAUAGUCCAGAGGUUGCUAUUAUCAGACGUCCAAAUGUAAUGUUACACAUUACGAAUAUAGUUAGCAAAGUUUCCCUAUUUAAAAAUUACAUAGACAUGCUAAGUGGCUAAAUGCUUAUCACUAGUCUGGGUUAGCUACCUCUCUGUCUAAUGUAACUUUAUCAUAAUGAAAUUUUAUACUGAGAAGAGAAGGUGUUUAUUUAUUUAUUUUUGUUUAAUAUAUGUCAUUUCCUAAUUCAUGAACUGGAAUUAUGUAGCAUUAUAGGUUUGCUGUACAGCAAGCACAGAAAGCAUUUAACAUUCAGGGUGGUGAAAUUCUAACCAGAAUACAUGCACGCUAACUAGCUAUAUGUUAUCAUUCUUGUUUUAGCAGUGGCAGCUGUAGUUGCAGUUAAGGCUGGGUGCACACGACAUGACUUUCAAAAUCCCAGAAUCGCUGACCAUUUCACAGUACACGACUUUUACUGCUUGUGAUCAGUUGUUUGGUGUUGUUAGGGUGUGCAAACAGACGAGGCUCACACAUUGCAAGAUCUUUUACUUGGAGGGAUCCUUGCUAAAGGGUGCCUGAUCCCCAAAUCCCACUUUCUCAUGAAAAUAAAUGUCAGAGCUGUCUAUCAUGUGACUUUGUGACUGUGUCACUACUUCAUAGGGAAACAAACAAACAAACGAAAAUUGAAAUAGUAGAAAAUGUGAAGGACAUAUUGGUCAGGGAGACGCACCCAAUUAUUAUUUGUUCUGCAGCAAGAACUGGAAACAUACAGGGCAAACACUAAUUAUUUUUAUACCAUGCCCUGCCAGGAAUCAUGUCAUGUUUGUUUUAUGUUUUUAUUUUUGCAGAUCCUAACAUCCACUUGGGUAUGACAUGCCAAAUAAUUUCGUACAGAACCAAUAUUAUUGCGCUUACAUUUUGCCCUCACUCUCCCACACAGCUUGAUGAUUAACUAGGUUCACGUGUGCAUGAGAGCAGAUGAAUCUGAUUUCCUCUUGGGUUCUCAUUGGCUAUUUCUCAAACAUGCUUGAAAAUAUCAGAGCCUUGGUGAUCACGCACAGACUGAGGAAAUCACAUCGCUACAUACUA